UGUAUCAUUGAAGAAUCAGGAGAACAUAUUGUGGCUGGGGCUGGAGAACUACACUUAGAGAUCUGCCUUAAGGAUCUUGAAGAAGAUCAUGCCUGUAUACCUCUAAAGAAAUCUGACCCUGUGGUGUCUUAUCGUGAGUCGGUCAGCGACGAGUCUGAUCAGCUCUGCUUAUCUAAAUCUCCCAACAAGCACAAUCGAUUAUACAUGAAGGCAAAGCCGUUUCCAGAUGGACUGGCAGAGGACAUCGAUAAAGGGGAUGUCACGGCCCGGCAAGAGCUGAAGCAGCGGGCUCGCUACCUGGCAGAAAAGUACGAGUGGGAUGUGGCUGAGGCCCGCAAGAUCUGGUGCCUUGGUCCAGAUGGUACAGGUCCUAAUAUCUUGGUCGACAUCACCAAAGGGGUGCAGUAUCUGAAUGAAAUCAAGGACAGUGUGGUCGCUGGCUUUCAAUGGGCAACCAAAGAGGGUGCUCUGUGUGAAGAGAACAUGCGUUCUGUCCGCUUCGACAUCCACGAUGUGACACUACACGCUGAUGCCAUUCACCGCGGCGGAGGUCAGAUCAUCCCCACUGCUCGACGGGUGCUUUACGCCUCAGUGCUUACAGCACAGCCUAGGCUAAUGGAGCCCAUUUACCUUGUAGAAAUUCAGUGUCCUGAACAAGUUGUUGGAGGCAUCUAUGGCGUUCUAAACAGAAAACGAGGCCACGUGUUUGAAGAGUCUCAAGUGGCAGGAACGCCCAUGUUCAUCGUCAAGGCUUACCUGCCUGUAAACGAGUCCUUUGGUUUUACUGCAGAUUUGCGCUCCAACACUGGCGGACAGGCCUUCCCACAGUGUGUCUUCGAUCACUGGCAGAUCCUUCCCGGUGAUCCUUAUGAUCCUAAUAGCCGUCCCGGUCAGGUGGUGGCUGAAACCCGCAAACGUAAAGGACUAAAGGAGGGCAUCCCAGCUUUGGACAAUUUCCUGGAUAAGUUGUAAAGCAUCUCAAAAUCCUGUUCACAUUUGUGCACCACCCCAUGUCCUGAGCACUUACAGAUCGCAGGAUUUCUGUGGCGUAAACGAACAAUAACAUCAACAGCAAGAAGAAGAAGAAAUAAACUCACAUUACACAGAGAGAGAGUACAGUAUUGUGGAAAUAUUCAUGAUUGUUAACUCACGUUAAAAGACAAAACAAUAAAUAUUAAAUGCAGCCUA